GGCUUUCGGUGUCGGUGUGCGCGCCUAGACCUCCUAAGAACACUAAAUCCCUUCUCGGAUCGUCGCGGCUUGUCCAACUAAGUCCGGGCAAAUAAUAAUAAGUUUUUAGGAGAAUUAACUUUUCGGUAUUAAGGAUUUAAGCAAUAAAGUUUGAUGAAGAGGAGCAGCAGCCGACACGGCAAUACGGUAGACUUUCGGUGCGGAGCGGAUUCUGUUGACACACGGGCGGUCAGCUCUUGAAGCAAAAAUAAAAAGUACACACCAAAAGAGAAACCAGACAGCGGGAAACUAAAGAGGCGGUGUGAUUUUCACGCACUAAAUCCCGGAUUUUCGGGGGCCUGUCGCCGCCGCUCAAACGUUUGUGUCCAGUUGUUGGCGCAGUCUUUGAACAGUAUAAACAAGCGCAAAAAAGUGGUGUUGUGAAUCAUAAGACAAGUGUGCGUGUGUGUGACUGUGUGGGGCUAUUCAUUGUGCACAUUGCUUCCGAUCUCUCACGCGAAAAUCCUGCAGCGAUGAAUUGGGCUUAAGUGAUUAAGAAUUUUUCAAAACAUACGAUUAAACUUUGCGAGAGAGUGUUCCGCCUGCUUACGGUGUGGGGAUGUUGAGAGUUUUUUCCCUGCUCUCGAAGUGAUUAUGACAGUGGCUUGAAGUAUCAUUAACUGGGCAAAGUGUGGGCGAUUGUCGUUAAUUUGAAUAAGAGUGUUUGGUUUACUCGCCAAUAAUUGUCCAAGUGCCUAUCGCUGUGUAACACUAACUCUGAUCGAUGAGAUAACUGAGUUUGGAUAUUGCUUCUGUUGCUUUCGGCAACUUUAUUAACAUAAAGUGAACGGAAGAUUUGUUAAGUGACUUAAGUGAUUGUUGUGAACUGUGGUGACGAUACUAGCGGCGGUGGCUGCGAUUUUGGAGUAUCUGGACAAGUGAGAAGAUUCACCGAAGCACUGACAGGAACAGCAGCACGUGGUUGGAAGCGCGCAAGCAGUGUUGAUUGGGGGAUUUCAGGGGAGAUCCUCGAGGCGUGUCGGCAAACGGUAUUCGCUGGUGAAGCAGCGAAACUUUUUGGGAACCCCGGUAAUAGAAAACAGUCAAAACGAUUUAUCUCCGGCCGUACAAGGACAUCUUCCCGGGCGGUGGCCAUAACCAGUUAAGCUCGUUAUAUCCACAGUCCGUGAUGGAGCGCGGUGGCGGUGGAGCCGGGAACGGCAACGGCGGACUUGACUCGAUGGCCGACGCCAGCGGGUUAUGUCUGCAGGAUCUAGUCGGGAACGGAGGCGGUGGAGGAGGGGGCGGAGGUGGUGGUAAUAACGGAACCAAUGGUUCCGCAGACCAUCAUCUGCACCACAACCAUAACAGCCACAACCACCACGGCUCGCUGCACGAUUCCGUGUCCGCCGGUGGGGUCAGCGUGAGUUCGGCGCUGACCAGUCUUAUGAGUCCGGGCAUUAACAGCGGACUCGGUCAUCUACACCACGGAACACCGGAUCUCGGGGGACACCAUCACCAUCACCAGCAUCCGUCGUCGGUGCUGCACGAGCCGCUGGAGAAGCUGAAAUUGUGGGCCGAGACUGGCGACUUCCGGGAUAACAGUCACAGUGCAAUGUCAGCCGUUACCAGCAUUGACCACACGCAGAUGGGCUUCCAGUCCUCGACGACGCGGAAUCGGAGCAGCCGGGACCGGAAGAACGACGUCACACGUGUCGAUCCGACCUCGGUGAAGACGGAAAACAUCAGCAGUGGGAUGUCUCACGAGGACAACAACGGAAGCGCACCCGGGACGACGAUAGCGGCCGAUGGCAGUGGCACCGGUGCCGAUCAGGGCACCAAGAACGACAAAAAGAACAAACGGCAGCGCCGCCAGCGGACACAUUUCACCUCCCAGCAACUGCACGAACUGGAGCAAACUUUCAGCCGGAAUCGCUACCCGGAUAUGUCAACCCGGGAGGAGAUCGCCAUGUGGACGAACCUGACCGAGGCCCGCGUUAGGGUGUGGUUCAAGAACCGUCGGGCAAAAUGGCGCAAGCGGGAGCGCAACCAGAUGAACGCGAUAGCGGCGGCUGACUUCAAGAACGGUUUCGGACCCCAGUUCGUGCAGCCGUUCGCCGAUACGGACAGUUUGUAUUCGUCGUACUCGUACAACAACUGGGCCAAAGUGCCCUCGCCGCUGGGGGCGAAAACCUUCCCCUGGACGGUGAAUCCCCUCGGAACGUCGAUAGUGUCGACGAACCAUCACCAGAACUCCAUCAACUGCUUCAACACAUCCGCCUCGUCGGUGGCGGCCGGAAUGGGCACCGGAACGAUGCUCCCCGGCAGUAUGGGUACCAGCCUGGGAGGAACUACCGGCGGGACGGGAGUUUCGCCAACGCCUUGUCCCUACUCGACUCCAACCAAUCCGUACAGCAUGUACCACCAUCGGGCCACGGCGGAACCCUGCACGGCGAUGACCUCCAGUAUUGCAACGUUGAGAUUGAAGGCGAAGCAGCACACUUCCGGCUUCUCCAGCCCGUACUCGGCCCCGUCGCCCGUGUCCCGAUCCAACUCGGCUGGCCUGUCGGCAUGUCAGUACGCCGGGGUCACGGACACCGUCUGAGAAAACGCUCUGGGCAGCAUGCUGUCCCACUCGUCAUCGCUUGCCGCGUACAACACCAGCAUCAGCAACGCCAUCCACGCCGUCAACAACGGGGCGGUGGACAAGGGUAACCCGGCUGGCGCGGCUGGCCUCGACGAUGACGACCUGAUGGUACCGGACGACGACGAAGAAGACCACCAUCGGCGGAACAAUGUCGACGAGCUGCACGAUUGAAUGUGCGAUACCUUGCGAGUGUAGAUUAACGCAGGCAGCGGUUGAGGGCAACUUAUCUUAUCCCCACACCGUCACACGACUCAUUUUGGGCCGGCUACAGUAAAUAAUAUUUGACGGCGGCAACGCUCCAAACUUCAAAGCGCGACUCGCAACCACCCCGAAUACGGUGUGUGUAAACACUGCUGAUACGCGCGUCCUCUUGGGCGGUGCGGAAUCAAAGCGAACGGACCUUAUCUGACAGGGGCGACGAGAAAAGGAUUAACUCGAGUUUGGUGGUUUGAAAUUGGGUGCGAACCUAUUGAAUAUUGGACUGACUAACCAUUUUGGCAGAUAAAUAAUCCAUUCAACAACGUUGAACGUUGUUUGCAAAUUUAAGUAUACGAUUCAGACUUUUCAAGAAUUCCCCGAUCCAAAACGUUAUCUCUCUGGAAUUGUGAUAGAAGCAAACUGCUGAAGGAGUACACAUGAAACUCCAUGUCCUCCGCGCCGUCUGGUGUCAAUAUUCCAAACUCAAAUUGAGCUAAUCGUGAUUCUCAAAGGAGAAAAUCGCGAGCGAAAUCUAAAUCCCAAAAAAAAAGUAGGAGGGCCCAAUAUGUCCGCGAAAAUAAAAUUUGACAGUUACCCCCUUUUUCUAUGUUCGUACUCGAGCGGUACAGCUGUCUGUGUACACAACAAACCCCUCCAGGAGCGCCGAAAAAAUGACAUUCAUUUGAUUAGCCGUCAGAGAUCAAAGAAUUCUGCUUCGUAUCGAUUUAGCUGCGAAAAUAAUAUGACGUGUGAGAGAUAAGUUGUGAAAAUAUUGGGGGAUGAUAAAAAAAAGAAAGUUUACGUCAAUAUUCAUCAAGAUCGAAUCGAAUCAACGCGCACGAUGGGUGUGUGUGUGCGUGUGAAGUGGAAUCAAUUUUCCUCCCCCCGCUGUCAAGGUAACGCAAAUUCAGUUGUCAGUAUCGUCAGUCGGAUUGGCAACAGUGAAAAACACAAACAAACAAAAAAUAAAUUAAAAAGGACAAACCUCCUAAAUCGAGGCUGUGUAAAUAAUUUUUUAUCGCGCGACUUUUUCCUGACUGGAAGAAUGAAAGCUAAAGCAAAAAAGAGUUGUAAUCUAGGUUAAAUUGAAAGUUCUUUCCCUAGAGAUCCCAAUUAUACAGAAAGACAAAUAAAAAAUUUAGUGAGUAAAUGUAUUGAAAUGAUUCUCCAGAAGCCAACGUGUUAACCACUUUUCGUACGAUUGCAGCGGUAAUAAGUAUUGUUUCCAGUGAAUGUGCAACUGUUUUGUUCGUAUUUAAACAUCCUCAUUUUCCUUCUAUUAACUUAUUGACUAGAGCACACCAUCAGGUUGUACCAAUAUCUGUUGAAUCGAGAAUCGAAAAAAUGUACAGUUGAACACGAAGAAACUAUGUAAACAUGAGCUAAAAAUACCAAAAACAAGUAACUUUAAAUUCCACGAUUCCCCACUGUGUACACUUCUCGCGAAAUGUGUCUGUAAAAUGUGGACAGUGAAUCGGGGAAACAAUUUCAUAAUGUAGAUAGAUCCAAAGCCAUCUCUUCUACUCUGGAAGACCACUUGCAACUCGUUUACCAGCUCCUCCUAGAUCAAACAAAUUUACCGAUACCGAUCGAAUGUGUAGACUAUGAUGAAAAACUCUUUAAUUACCACCACUUUCAGUACCAGUUAAGCGGAACGAAUACUUAAAUUUUAUCUAGUCAAUGAUGAAACACAAACCACAAACAAAAACAACUCCGGAAGAAUACAAAAAAAAACCCAAAUCACUAAUGUUUGACUCUAAGUAGCUUCGAAGAUUACUAUAGUGUAAUUAGUAAUAAUUGAAACAACAACAAAAAAACAAAAAAACCAAAAAACAGAAAUCAAGAACAACAAAUUUAUGCCAACGAUUGAUUUAGCAACCGAGAAUACCAAAAUUUAUACUGAAAAAACAAAGCAGACAUACACGUACACAUACAAACACACUUUUAAUCGUUAAGAAGAUAAAAAGUAUUGAUUAUAGAAAAAAAAAACCAAAUUUCAUAGUAGUUAAUAACUCGACGAUCCCUUAAGAUAUGUAUAUCGUGAAAACAAUAAAUCUUGGUAGGCUACCAUUACACA